AUGGACCUGUCCACUGCCCAGAGAGUUUUACAAGAGUUCCUUAUCAAGCAAGAAGGCUCCACGCUGCGAGCAUGGAUACACAAGCUCGACCCUGACCACGAACACAGGGUAACAGAGAUGUAUUUUCUGCGAUACAUGCGGGAGCAUAUGUUUGCCUACGACGUGGGAGAGCUGUACCAAGCUCUGGACCUUGACGGCGGCGGGGAGCUGACUCUGGAGGAAAUCGAUCCCAGAGCUGACCAACUCUUUGACAGAUUCCGCAGCUGGUGCUGCGAGAACUUUCCCGGGGGCUUGGACGAUUGCCUCACGCGCAUGGCCAGACAAGGUGAUGUGAAGGUGGAGGCUGUCAAAAUCAACCUCUUUCACUUUGAGGCUGAUCUGGUGGCAAACGGCUGGAAACAUGGCUCGGAGGAAGAGUUGUUUUACGCCAUCAGUGCAGACCAGAAGCACGUCGUGGCCAACGACAUGCGGUGGCUCAACCUGGACAUGCGACGCUUCAAGCGGAAGCUGAAGGCCAAGGAACAGGCCAUGCACGAGACGAAAAUCCGUGCAAUCAAGCGUGGCGCCAAGGACCCAAGAGAAAACUUAGCAGACUUCAAACGCUUUCUGCGGCAAAAGCACGGUGGAAGUUUGCUCAGGGCCUGGCGCCAGUCACUCGUGGAAGGAGACUCAAUGAUGCUUCACAAGGGGCAGUUCUUCAAGGCGUGUGUGAAUCUCAAGUGGCGCACAGAUGUCAAAGGCCUCUGGGAGCUACUCGACACGGACUCGAGCGGAACUAUUGGCAUCGAGGAGUUAGACUUCAAGGCUGCCGAGGAGCUGGCACUCUUCCGUCAGUUCGUCAUGCAGAAGUUUGGAAAUGCUACUCGAACUUUUGCUGCACUGGAUUUGGAUGGGAACAAGAAUGUCAGCGACGUGGAGUUCAUGCAAGCGCUGAAAGAGUUUGGCUACGAGCAAAGAGACAAGCACCUUUUCCAUGCGCUGGACAGACAUGGCAAGAAGAAGAUCAACUUGGAGGACAUCCUCUUCCUGGACAGCUGGAAGCCUAUGGAGUUCCUGCUUGCCAGUCCCAAUCCCGAGGCAGCCCAGCUCUUCAAGCUCAGGCUGCGUGAGAAGUUCGGGACCUUCCUCCGUGCCUGGAAGAUGCUGUUGGACCAAGACGGCAGCAACACAUGCACUUGGGAGGAGUUCAGGCACACGUGCAAAAAGAUUGGUUUCCGGCAAGAUAUCGCUGGUGCCUGGCGGGCACUUGAUCAGAAAAUGCAAGGAACCAUCAGCUUGUCCGACAUCGACCCAAACUCCAGCACAGUACUCUUGGACUUCCGAACCUGGGCGAUGGAGGAGUUUGGCAGCGUGCGCUCGAUGUUUGCAGUCUUCGACGAGGAUGGCUCCAAAUCUCUAUCUCUGAAAGAGUUCAAGAGAGCCUGCAGGAUAUAUGGUUUCCGAGGGUUCCUGAAGGGUCUUUUCAAUAUCCUGGAUGGCACCGGCAGCGGCCAGUUGUCAGUGGAGGAAAUUGUCUUUCUAGAUCGCUGGGCCACGCAGACCGAAGCGGACAUUGACCGGGCGUCAGAGUCAAUGUCACACCUGCCCAGUAUCAAGGCAGACAGCACCCCUGAGGACUUGGCAGCUCUCGGCCCAGGCAUGUCUGUGGCCAAGUCGCUGGAGGCGGGGAGCUGGAAGGAUGGAGACCUCCACCCUGCGUUUCGGACAUGGGCCAACUGCCGACGCCGACGGCCCGUGAAAAAGCAGGAUGGAUCAUUGCCGCCCUUGGCUUCACAGCUGGACUUCGGCGAUGCACGUGUUGUCCGACGUCCUGUCCUCCUCAUGGCAUAUGUGCCAGAGGAGGUCGCCUGCGAACUCCAAUCCGCACGUCUCCCAAAGAUUCGUCGACAGGCUCGCGAGGCCGGAGGCUGGAGAACUGCAAGGUGA